AUGCAUUUAAUAUAGCGUUUAGAGUGAAGACAUGAAGUGAUGAGUUGCGCCCAACUAUGCUUUCAUUAGUGAAUAACUGGCCGACAAUGGAGGCCAUGGAUUCAGAUGUGGACUCAUUGGAAAUAGAUUUAGUAGAAUUGCAUCAAUUGGCUGAAGUGAUUGUGAAUCGAGUGGAUAAUGUGCUGAUAAUCGACAGCCGAUCCUUUCUGGAGUACAACACAUCCCACAUCUCAUAUGCAGUGAAUGUGAGCUGCUCUAAGAUUGUCAAACGAAGACUUCAACAAAACAAAAUAUCGGUGAACGAACUGCUGGUGCACUCGUGUCAGUGUCAGAUAGACAGUAGUCAUGCGGUGAUAGUCUAUGACCAGCAGUCGACGGAUUUGUCAAUACUUUCAACCGACAGUUUCGUGUCAAUACUGUUAACGAAGUUGAGUUCAGUUUUCAAAAGUGUUGGUCUAUUGAGGGGCGGAUUUCUGGACUUCCAGUCGGCGUAUCCGUCACUUAUAGAGAAUAAAGCGGCCAAAGGGGCCAACACUUUGACCUCACUGUCGCAGCCCUGUAUGCCAAUCAGCAAUCACGGGCCAACGCGAAUACUGCCGUUCCUGUACUUGGGUUCACAACAGGACGCCCUCAACAAAGACACACUUCGAGACCACAACAUUCAAUACGAACUCAACGUCAGUACCUCCUGUCCUAAGCCUGAGUUCAUCUCUGACUCGCAUUUUUUGCGAAUCGCAGUCAACGAUAAUUAUAACGAGAAUUUGUUGCCGUAUUUUCCAAAAGCUUUCAGUUUUUUGGAUAAAGUGCGAGAAUCGGGCGGCUGUGCAAUAGUGCAUUGUUUGGCGGGCAUCUCACGUUCGGCUACCGUUGCCAUCAGUUAUGUUAUGAGACACUUAUGUAUGUCAUCAGAUGACGCCUACAGGUACGUCAAGUCGAAAAGAGCCACUAUUUCUCCAAAUUUCAAUUUCUUGGGACAACUGCUCGAAUACGAGAAGCAAUUAAUUAGGGAACAAGUCUUAAGCAACUUCUCCGAAGACUGCUCUCGAGUCACAUCGCACUCGGCGCCCAUCCAGUCAUCGGUGAGCAACCCUUUGGCGUUCGCCUCCUUCCCAACAGUUCCUCGGCCGCGACGCCUCAACUUCCCCGCAAAGAAGGCACCAACUCUUGACCCCUUCACACCCACCCCUCCCGACGAGAACAUCUCGUCCAAUGGCGACCAAUCGCCCACCGCUUCACUCAAAUUGGUUCGCAUCUUCUGAGGCAAUGCCAACACUCAUGUCAUUCACGUCUGAACACAAACUUAUGUCUAAAUGACUUAAUUAUGAUGUCGUCAAACAUAUCGCUGUAUUUAUAAAUCAAAUCAAAACUCAGACUUAACUUAAAAUGAAGAUAUAAUUGCAAUUCACAACAUCUGUACAUAACUUAUAUUUGUUUACCACUCGACUCUUGUGUACAAAAUAUCAUAUUUGCGAUAAGUUUUCCUAUGAUUGUAACCAUACCUCUCAACAUCUGGUCGACCACAGCACCGGACAGACCUACAGAACCUAUGCUGUCUUGGCUGGCAAUCGAGUCCCUCUCCCCUUAUAUUAAUUCAAUUCAUAUCAAUCUGUUUAUAAGACAUUGCAUUACAAGACAUUGCAUUACAAGACAUUUGUUUCGAACCAUUAAGAGUACAAUCGCUGUGAAAAACUUAGCAUUUUUGCUAAAAACCAUUAAAUGUACAAAAGAUUUCAUUAACUGAAUGACUGAACCAAUCAUUCCUUCUUUUGCUUACUCUUCGU